UUGAGCAGGACAGCGCUGCUGUUUUCUUCAGACCCUCAGUUUGGUUUGGGUUUUUUGUGUUUUUUUUUUUUGUGUUUGUGGGGGUUUUUGUUUGUUUGGUUUUUUUCCUCACUUUCGCAAAGUCUUUUUUUGUUGUUAUUUUUGUUGUUAUUGUUGUUUGUUUGUUUUAUUGUUUUGUUUUGGGGGUUUUGUGGGGUUUUUUUUGUUGUUUGUUUUCGGUAUUUUGUUUUUCCUUUUUUUUUUUCUGAGCGUUGUGUGUGGCAAAAAAAGAGAAAAGUUACCGUCGAGCCAAGUAAUUCAGGCACUCUGCAGGGAGGAGAGGGGAGAAGGAAAAAGUUGCCUUUGUUGUUAGCGAGCUUUUGCUUCCUUGAUGUGACUGCGAGCAAACGACUGCAGAGAGGGACGGCGUACGAGCGCCGGCAGCCCGGCUCCCCGCCUCCUCACGUCGGGAGGCUUGCGAGCCACAGGCGGCUCCGCUCCCCGCAGCCCCCUCGGAGGCGGCUCGGGCUGCGCCGCUUCUCUCCCUCCGCCCGCGGCGGCUUGUGAGCACCCGAGCAGGGCUCUGCUCGUCCCGCGCCAAGCCGAGGUGCGCGGGGACGGCUCCCGGCGGCGCCCCUCCGCCGGUUGCCAUGGUGCCGCGGCCCAGCGUGCUGUGGGCAGUGGCGGCGGCGACACUGGGGCUGCUGGCCCGGCGGGCGGCGGCGGCGCUGGCGGGGCCGGUGGUCCGCUGCGAGCCUUGCGACUCGCGGGCGCUGCAACAGUGCAAGCCUCUGCAGUCCGACUGCCCCGAACGAGUGCAGGAGCCCGGCUGCGGCUGCUGCCUCACCUGCGCCCUAAGCCCGGGGCAGCCCUGCGGCAUCUACACGGAGCGCUGCGGCGCGGGGCUUCGCUGCCAGCCGCGGCGGGAAGAGGCGCGGCCGCUGCAGGCGCUGCUCGAGGGCCGCGGGCUCUGCACCAACUCUACGAUGGGUGGCAAAAUGCGGACCUUCCUGCUGCCGGGACCGCACGUUGCCGGAAAUUUCAGUGAUUCUGAAGAAGACAGGAAUACCAGCAGCGUAGAAAAUCAGGCCAUUCCAAACUCUCACAGGGGGCCAGAUUCCAAGUCACAUCCACCACACGUCAAAAUAGAGAUAAUCAGGAAAGUGCAAGCCAAAGAUACACAACGCUAUAAAGUCGAAUAUGAUUCUCAGAAUACGGAUACAUUAAAUUUCUCCUCUGAAUCGAAACAAGAAACUGAAUAUGGUCCAUGUCAUAGAGAAAUGGAAGACACUUUAAACCACCUAAAGAUUCUGAAUGUCUUGAGUCCCAGGGGCUUUCAUAUUCCAAAUUGUGACAAAAAGGGAUUCUACAAGAAAAAGCAAUGUCGCCCAUCCAAAGGCCGAAAAAGGGGUUAUUGCUGGUGCGUGGAUAAAUAUGGACAGCCACUUCCUGGGUAUGAUGGGAAGAGAAAAGGAGAUGUCCACUGCUAUAACUUGGAAAGCAAAUGAGGACUGGGUGCCAGUUCUUUUGGCAUCUGUGCAUGGCCACUGGACCUCACAGAGACCUUGAAGGGGCUCAGCAAACACUGUGGGACUGCACUGUCUAUGGAGUAACAAGCUCUUCCUCCUGCACCAGAUGGGGAGUUACAGCCAUGUGGAUGCUGCUGCAACUGCACCCUGCCACCGACACACAUCGCACUUCCUAUGGGAUGUGUAGGGAGCUCUGAAUUCUCAUGUAAACCUGCACUAUUAAUACCCAGAGAGAGAAAAACAAAAGGCACUUCAGAAUUGAAUCAGGGAGUCUCUGCUGACUUUUUAAAGAAUAGUCUUUUGAUCCCAAAAGAUACUGGGUUUUUUAUUUUAAAGUAUUUAUAGACGUUAAGCAUGUAAAAGUAUUAAAAAGUAAAACAAAAUCAAAAAACCCACAAGGAUUUAAAGGUAAAGCUUUUUUUACAGGUCUGAUAGGAAACUUGUCUUCCUGGGUAAAAAGUUUUAUAAAAAUCUCAACUUUUUAAAGAAAUGUAUUUCUAAAAUAAAGACAUGGCUAUUUUUUCUGUAAAAUAUAUUAUGAAUAUUCUGUUAUUCUAUAUUUAAUAUAAUUCAUUAUUAAUAUACUUUAUUUAAAUGUAACAUGUGAAUAUGAAAUAUUACACAGUAAUUCUAGUGUAUACAUCUGUAUAUGCAAAGAGAAAGUAAGUAGGGAAGGAUUUACAAAUAUGUAUAAAUCUGUAUGCAUACACAUAUGACCUGUUCUAGGUAAUAGAAAUGAAUUUUUGGAGCAAAGGAAGUGUUUCCAGAAGGGAUUGAGUUUUAUUAUUUGAUAUAACUACAACUACCAAGAUAUAUAUAUAUAUAUUUUAAUUGAUAAUUCUAAUGUACCCAUCACUGAAUUAUGCCACUGAAAAGGAUAACAAUCGCACUGAAACUCUUGGUAAAGUUUUCUUCUGUCUAUACUUUGCUUCAGUUUGUGCAACAGGGCUUACAUUUCCUCCAUUUACUGCUCACACUGAUACAGAAUAUUCAUGGACAAAAAAAUGCCAUUACAGUAUUACUCUUUGUAUUUGCUUAUUUAUUUUGAAAAGGUGUAUCUAUUCUGUGUUGUCUUGGUACAUUCUACCAAAGCACUUACUCUGUAUGAGGAAACCCUGUUGAAAACAGUAUCGACAAGAUAGGGGGAAUCAUGGACCCUGGGUGUUGAGACUCACAUGUUUCAUUUAGGUAACACACAAUUGUUGCUUGCUUUGACUAUGGUAGAAAUCAUUUGCCUGCAUUUAAGCAUAGAAGAACAACUAUUGGGUUUAAAAAGUUAAACUCACUUUGUGCCGUGGUGUUAUAUGUCUUUUAAAUUGGAAGAGAAGUGAUUUGGUAUUGUUGUGGUAUGUGAUGCUUUCACAUAAGGAAGGCUCUGGCAACUUUUUUUUUUUUUUUUUUAGGCUGAUUGUUUAAUGUACUUUGUGAAAAAUUCUGUAUGACAGUGAAAUCUGGAUAAGAAAAGGUGGCCUAUGAAAUGGAUAAUCUCUCUGGAAAAUAAUGCCCUAUUUUGUAUAUGUAUUUAUUUAUAUAUUUUAUAUAUUUAUAUAAAUAUAUAUUCUUAUAUGUUUCACUAUAACUGUUUCUCAUUGUGGACAAAAGAAGCCAUCAACACUGUAGUUUUUUUGUUGGGUUGGGAACUCCAUGAAGACUAAAGGCAGUGGGCUUUCAGCCACUGGGGCUAGGGGUUGUGUUGAUGGAGGAGAGACUGUGGUGCUGAGGAGCCCAUUCCUCUCCCACUGCACGAAUUACAGCCAUCCUGGUUCCUGCCAGCAAUGGCAAAUGUCUUGGAUGUGGAAGGGUUUGGAUAUGCAGAUUGUCAGGGUUGGGGCAGCCCAUCACUGUAACUCAGAUGUUCAAUGCCUUACCCUGAAAUGUAUUAGCUGAACAGUACUGUGAGUGUUCCCCAUAUCUUUCCAAUUUCUGCCUAAUGAAAUGAGUUCAUAUCAUCAUUAAAACUGAAAUUUUAUAAUGUCAUGGUAAGAAAAAAAUGUACAUGAAGUGAUACUGACUACAGGCUAAUACAGAUUUCCUGACACAUGGUUACAGAAAGCUUUGUGAGGUGAAGAUUUAUUACGAUAUAUUUAUUGCUAAAGCAGAUCUAAUGCCUGGGAAAAUUUGUUGGCAAAAUAAUAAAUGCUGAUCUUUUUUUUUAUUUUAUUUUAAAUUUUUUUAGAGUUGUAAACCAGUUCUUUUCAAAUAAUUUCACAGAGAGAAGAAAGAUGUAUAUAAUCAAUAUUUUGGCAUAUAAUCAUAGAUAAGAAAAUAAGGGUUGGAUUAAUUGAAGUGUGUUAUUAUUUUGCCUCUUUUUUAAAUGACUAUCUGGUGAGCCUUCUGAAAACAAAAAUCAACUUCUUGUUGAAAGUGAUAGCUGCUUUGCAAGGCACAUUUUGCAAGUAUGUAAGAUGUUUUAACAGGCUGUGACAGGCUUUAUGAUUUGGGUAUUUUAUCAGGUAUUUUAAUUUUUUAAUUUUUUUUUUCCUACAAUUAAAAACAAAUAUAGAAGAUGGCUAGUAGAGGUCCUUAAAUCAUAUAUUUUAUGAAAAAAACCCAAACACACUACAUGUCACAAAGCUAAACCUGUUUUAAGCAUGCAAUCUGCCACAUGAAUAUUUAAGAAAUGGCAUUCCGCUCCUUUAUUAGUACUAACGGUCUUUAGUUAUGUAACAGAGAAAACAUACAGCCAUAAGGGGAAAAAAAACCCCAAAACCCAAACCUGUGUGUAAAUCAGUUUUGUUAUUUUGCUUCUAACAGACAUCUCUAAAACAGACAUUGUGUUUAAAA